CUCCUCUCUCUCUCUCUCUCCUCUCUCUUUCUCUCUCAUCUCUUCUCUCUCUAACCUGUAUUCGUUUGUCUGUUAUUCUUCUCUCUCUAACCUGUAUUCGUUUGUCUGUUAUUAAUCAACAGGGGGAGAAAUAAGAAAUAAUGAUGGAGGUUCGAGAUGACGCCGAUGUUCAAUCAGGUCAUCAUCACUCGCCGCCGUCCGCCGCUGUAUCGUCCAAGCAACUCCUAUCUUCUCCUACUCCCGUCGAUACCAAUUCCGUUACCCAAAGGUUGCAGAAGGAGCUGAUGGCUCUCAUGAUGAGUGGAGGGGAUUUGGGAGUAUCUGCCUUUCCUGAAGGAGAGAGCAUAUUUACAUGGAUCGGAACUAUUGAGGGCGGCAAAGGAACUAUGUACGAGGGUUUAUCUUACAAACUAUCCCUUCGAUUUCCACUUGAUUAUCCUUUCAAGCCUCCUCAAGUUAAGUUUGAGACGAUGUGCUUCCAUCCAAAUGUCGAUCAGUACGGGAAUAUUUGUUUGGACAUUCUUCAGGAUAAAUGGUCUUCGGCAUAUGAUUGCAGAACAAUUCUCUUGUCUAUACAGAGUCUUCUAGGAGAACCGAAUAACGAGAGCCCUCUCAACAGCUCUGCUGCUUCACUCUGGAAGAACCAGGAAGAGUACAGAAAAAUGGUGCGCAAACAUUACAUGGCUGGAGAAACGUUUGAGAACUGAUCCUCAAAUUCUCAUCCCAACUGUAAAAAGGAUCUGCGAGACAACAAUAAACUUCGUGAUGGAAGAAUAUUUGUAGGGGAAUAUUAAGGUUAAACGACGUUUUUUCCUUUUCUUUUCUUUUCGUAUUUAUUUAAAAUCACAGAAAAUCAAGACACGUGUGUAGUUUAUGCAACAUUUUUGCUUCAUUGCUAGAUUUGCAGCACCGUUGAUUUAUGUAUUUGUGUAUCCAAAUAUGAAUGUUUGUAUAGAGAUGUUGUAUAGUUACUCAAAAAGUCAAAAUUCAUGUUUAAGGUUUUGAUUCGUUCGU